UGUUCAAUGUCAUCGGUUUGUGUGCCUCACUUCUCCUCUCCAUCCCUCCAUCCCUCCAUCCCUCCAUCCCUCCUUCUCCUUCACAGACCACAGUCUCACGCUCCCUCAACAUGUCUGCUGUCUCCCAAGACUUCAGCGCUGAGCCCGUCAGUGGCAAACAGACGAUCCACCAUCCUUUUGCCCCAUUGACGGCUUCGGAGAUAUCCACCACUGCUGAUCUCAUUGCUUCAGUAUGGCCUACCAAGGUUGACCUUCGCUUCAAGACCAUCACUCUCGAUGAACCUCCCAAGAGUCAGAUGAUCCCUUACCUCGAGGCCGAGCACAGUGGUUCCUCGCUACCAUUCAUUGCCCGCAAAGCCUUUGUCUCGUACUACAUCCGCAACACUGAACGGUUCCAUGAAGCAGUGGUAGACCUGUCUGCAGGCAAGGUCGAGAGAAAUGUCCGCCUGGGCAGUAACCUGCAUGGCAAUGCGGACUAUGAGGAGAUUCUCUUGGUUGAGAAGAAUGCUCUCGCGGAUCCAGGCGUCCAGGCCGCCCUCGCCAAGCUGCAAUUACCCGAAGGCACCGUUCUCUGUGCUGACCCAUGGAUUUACGGUUCUGAUGGUGUCAAUGACGACGAAAGAUUGUAUCAAGUCUUCUUGUACAUGAGAGAUCCCGCCAACCCAGGGGAAGCGGAUUCCAACCAUUAUGCAUUCCCUCUAUCCAUCUCCCCCAUCAUCGAAUGCAACAACUAUACCGUCAUUCGCAUUGAGAACAUGCCCACUGGUGCUGACAACACCACCCACGAUCCCGUUCCAUACACAGCAGUUCCACCCAACGAGUAUAUCUCGGAGGCCCAGAAACUACGAACAGACAUCAAGCCCCUACGUGUCCUCCAGCCUGAGGGCGCUUCAUUCACUUUGACUCCCACCGGCGAGACAGGACAUCUGCUCGAGUGGCAAAAAUGGUCCUUCCGUGUGGGUUACAACGCCCGUGAGGGCAUGGUUUUGUAUGAUGUGCGAUACGACUCCCGCCCGUUGUUCUACCGCCUCUCCCUCUCCGACAUGUCGAUCCCCUAUGCCGACCCUCGCCGACCAUACCACAAGAAGCAAGCCUUUGAUCUAGGCGAUGCUGGUGCUGGUGCCAUGGCCAACAACCUGAAGCUGGGAUGCGAUUGUCUCGGACACAUCCAGUACUUGUCGGCGUACAUUGCCGAUGACAAAGGUACGCCCACUAAUCUAGAGAACUGCGUGUGCGUACAUGAACAAGAUGCUGGCAUUGGCUGGAAGCACACCAACUACCGAACCGGACGUGCUGCUGUGGUGCGAAACCGCGAGCUUGUCUUGCAGAGCAUCAUCACCGUGUCCAACUAUGAAUACAUCUUGGCGUUUAUGUUCAACCAGGCCGGUGAGCUCAUUUAUGAAGUGCGCGCCACCGGUAUUCUCAGCACCCAACCUAUCGAUCAUGAUCUCGACAAGGUUGGCGUUCCCUUUGGCACAGUGGUUCACCCCGGUGUGUUGGCCGCGCAUCAUCAACACAUCUUUUCUCUCCGGGUCGACCCUAUGUUGGAGGGUCACAACAACCGUGUCGUGUACGACGAGGCACACGCCAUGCCCAUCGACAAGGACUGGAACCCUCAUGGAACCGGAUACACCGUGUCCGAGACGGUGGUUGAGCAAGCUGGUGGCCUCGAUUUGAACACCAACUUCAACCGAACCUUCAAGAUCCAGAACCCCAGUGUGCGCAACCCUGUUAACAACAAGCCAGUUGCAUACAAGAUCCACGUGCCAGAUUUCCAAAAGAUCCUGGCGCAUCCAUCAUCGUACCAUCACAAGCGUGCCGAGUUCGCCGACCACAACAUCUACGUCACCACCCACCAAGACAAGGAACUGUACUCGGGAGGCUGGUAUACCAACCAAUCUCGUGGCGGCACUGGUGUUCGCAGCUGGGCGGAUCGCAAGGACAAUGUCAAGGACCAGGACAUUGUCGUGUGGGUGCAAUUCGGCAUCAACCAUGUUCCUCGUAUUGAAGAUUUCCCCGUCAUGCCAUGCGAGAUCAUCAAGGUCAGCUUCAAGCCAGUCAACUUCUUUGACAAAAACCCUGCACUGGAUGUCCCUCCUAGUGAGCAGAGCUUCAACCAGAGCACCCUGGUGGCAGAGCGACAUCACCAGCCAACCACUGAGGCUGCUGUGGGUGCUUGCUGUGAGGCACCCGCUUCCAAGAGUCGAUUGUAGAUGCUUCUCGGACGGAAUCUGAAACUAUGUUGCAAGCAUAUUAGUAUGAACUAUUGUCUUUGGAUAUGCAUGUAAAUAUGAAUCAUGCUGUUGA